GAGAGUGUUGGUUGGGUAAGGGGACAAGACAAUUAAAAAGAUUGACAGGUAGCCUCCUCUGUCAGGGCUGACGCUGCCUGAGAAGGGGAGGAGUAAAAAAAAAAUGUAGCAGGAAAAGCCUCGAUGCGUCUGUCUAUCAGUUGAGACGGUCUGAAAACAGCUUGUGGAUCCAUCGCGUUUCCGUUUUGACUUGUUUUUUUUCCUGCCGGGGAAGGGGGUUCGAACUCGGAUCUGUCCCCCUCCCUCCUUUCUUGUUUAAGAGACAAGCGUGUUACGAGUCCAUGUCGCCAAAGCUUUUUUGGAUGCAUGCGUCUCAAGUGUUCCUUCUCGCCGCAUCAAACAGACCGUGCUCAAGAUGCCGCGAGAUAAUCAAUCCUAAAAGCGUAGGUUUCUGACUUUUAAAAAGGGGUGCACAGAAAGGACUCGUUUCUUAUCUGACUGGACUUAUUUGUUUUGUUUGUUAUUUUUGAGUUUUCUAAAGCGCCGCAAACUAUCGCCCCGCUACAACUCCAAAGAUUUUUUUUUUUUUUUUUCUAAUUCAAGCGGAAGUGAAGUGAAAACUUUGGGCAUUUUGUUGAAAUUAUUUCCACGGGGGGGGAAAUGAAGGAAGAUGAUUUUUGAUGGACACGAAGGUCUCCCGAGCUGCUACGUAAUUUUUCCAACCCUACGUCGCUGGAGCCGAUCCAGCUAUUAAAGUCUAAAAAUAUCAGCCGGUGUAAAGAGAAGACUGACAUUUUCUGCACUGAGAUCAAAACGCGCUCCCCCCCGAAAAGGGAUGAUUUUUCACCACUGACAGACUUCCAGUUCUUUGUCAUUCCUGCAUGAGAAGCACCGUGGAGGUUGACGGUCACUAUGCCGAGGAGAAAGCAGCAAGAGCCGCGGCGAUCAGCAGCGUACAUGCCCGAAGAUGAACUUAAGGCACCUGCUCACGAUGAUGAAGAGCACCUUCAGGAUGAUGGCCUCUCAUUAGAUGGUCAGGACACUGAGUUUCUGGGCAAUGAGGAAGAGGAAGAUGUAGGAGGGCAGCCACCUAGUUACAGAGACUCGCCACUCAGCAAUGGCACCAACCCUGAUGCUGGAUAUGGGUCCCCGCUGAGUGAUGCCAGUGACCGACUUACAGACUUCAAAAGCCCUUCCUCUCGGGAUGGUCAAGAGAAGGAGGGUGCAACUUUGCCCUACACACCAAACAACGGCCUCUCUUUCCAGGAUAGCCUGGCUCAGAUGAAAGCCGUCUAUGCAAACCUCAUAUCAGAUGCCUCUUGGUCCAGCAUUACAAUGGACAUCAUGAAAUCCAAGUCUGCUGCAGCUGGCAGUGUCAGCACUGUCCUCACCAAUUCAGAAGCUGCCUCUACUGCCCCAGUCUCUACAAACACAACAACUACAAACAAGAGCAACGGGAUCAACAUGAUCAACAGUCACCACAAUGGCAGGAGUUCCAGCGCCACUGUCAACCACACCGGCACUACAACUGUUAACACUAAUAGCACAGCAGCUAGCACGGUUAAUAGCCACACUGCAACCAGCAGCAAUGGGAGCAACAGUGCAGGGGCUAAUAACGGUAGUGGCGUGGCCUACGACUGGCACCAGGCAGCACUUGCAAAAACUCUUCAGCAGACUCCCUACCACCUUUUACCAGAGCCUAGCCUUUUUAGCACUGUCCAGCUGUACCGCCAAAACAAUAAGUUGUAUGGCUCCGUAUUCACUGGUGCAAGCAAAUUCCGCUGUAAAGACUGCAGCGGUGCCUAUGAUACAUUAGUGGGGUUGACGGUCCAUAUGAAUGAGACUGGCCACUAUCGAGAUGACAACAAAGACAAAGAGGAAGAUCAUGGAAAGCGCUGGUCUAAACCUCGCAAGCGCUCCCUAAUGGAGAUGGAAGGGAAAGAAGAUGCUCAGAAGGUGCUAAAGUGCAUGUACUGUGGGCACUCAUUUGAAUCACUGCAGGAUCUCAGCGUUCAUAUGAUUAAGACUAAGCAUUACCAGAAAGUGCCUCUCAAAGAACCGGUGCCAGCAUUGGCAACUAAACUCGUACCAACAUCCACUAAAAAACGAGCAAUCCAUGAUGCUAUAAUAUCUCCAUGCUCCCCAGACUCUAUUCAUACUGGUGGUAGUGGUGGAACUGUAUCACUUGGGGAUGCUAGCAAAGAUCCAAAAGCAGCAGCUAACCCUUAUGUAACAGCAAACAACCGCUAUGGCUACCAGAAUGGUGCCAGCUAUACAUGGCAGUUUGAAGCUCGCAAAGCUCAGAUCCUCAAAUGCAUGGAGUGUGGUAGCUCGCAUGAUACGCUACAACAACUUACAGCCCACAUGAUGGUCACGGGUCACUUUUUAAAGGUCACAAAUUCCGCAUCCAAGAAAGGGAAACAACUGGUGUUUGAUCCUGUGGUGGAAGAAAAGAUUCAGUCUAUACCACUACCACCAACCACCAACAAACUGCCUGUUCCUAAUAGUGUCAAGUCUCAGCCUGUGUCCCCUGCCCUUUCGUCUUGCUCAGAGGAAAAGCGGGACGUAAGUGAGGAUGAGAAAGUGGAAAGUGGGGAGCCAAUGGACAGAAAAAUCAAGGAGGAGAAAGAUGACACGGGUGAAAAAGUUGAGGCAGAUGCCACAUCAUAUAAAUAUCUGAGAGAAGAAGAUCUGGAAGAAACUCCUAAAGAAGGUCUAGAUAUACUUAAAUCCCUUGAAAAUACAGUUUUAAGUGCCAUUACCAAGGCCCAGACAGGCACUCCAACAUGGGGUGGAUAUCCUAGCAUUCAUGCGGCUUACCAGCUCCAUGGUGCUUUAAAGAGCUCUGCUACUGUUCUGCCCCCCACAAUCCAGAGUGUCCAGAUGCAACCAAUGUUUAACAGUGGGAUUCGAAACUUUGUGAGUGACCCCAGUUCAGUCAUCCACUCGCCUCGGAGCCCCUCUUCCCCCACUCCCCUAAGAAGUAACGUCACUGCUAUGGAGGAGCUGGUCGAGAAAGUGACGGGUAAAACUGCCACUGUAAAGAAAGAGAAAGAGGAGAAGGUGGUGAGUGUGGAGCGAAGCCGGCCUCCAUCAUUAGUAAAAUCUCCCUCACCGGCCCUGAGAGAGCAGCGAGAUCAACUGGUCUCUCCAAGUGACCUCAUUGGCAGUAAACCAUCUGGUAUGAGGAGUACCAGCCCAGGCAGUGAAGAUUCUGAGUUUAUUUGCAAGAAGGAACCUAAAGAAAGUAUUGUGGAUGUCCAUAAUAACAAUUCAAGGAAUGGCCCCGAAACAUGCCAGUCUCCAGUAACUAACGGCAACAGUCUCGGCAUAAUCACUGAUCACUCACCAGGAAGUCCUUUUAUCAACCCCCUCAGUGCACUCCAGUCAAUCAUGAACACACACCUGGGUAAGGCCUCGAAACCUGUAAGCCCAGCUGCAGACCCACUUUCUAUGCUGUACAAAAUCAGUACCAGCAUGAUGGAUAAACCGGCCUUCAACACACCUACUCAGGGCAAAACCGCUGAGCCCAUCAACCACUAUCCUUUGUAUGAAACCAACGACCAACCCAUGGACUUGAGUAAACACAAGUCUUACACUAACAGUCACAAUAACAACAGCAGUAGUGUGGCGAAAACUCUUGUAAAUGGUAACAAACCUCUCAUUACCCUCGCUGACACAGUUUCUUCCCCCCUGAGAGAAAAUGCUCUAAUGGACAUCUCUGAUAUGGUAAAGAACCUCACCGGGAGACUUACUCCCAAAUCCUCAACUCCUUCUUCUAUCUCAGAAAAGUCAGAUGCUGAUGGCAGCGCAUUUGAAGAUGCUCUGGAGGAUCUCUCCCCAGUGCAGAAGAGAAAAGGGAGACAGUCCAACUGGAAUCCCCAGCACCUCCUUAUCCUGCAGGCACAGUUUGCAUCUAGCUUGCGAGAGACCUCAGAAGGCCGCUAUGCCAUGACCGACCUGGGCCCUCAGGAAAGAGUCCACAUCUGUAAGUUCACAGGCCUCUCAAUGACUACCAUAUCUCACUGGCUAGCUAACGUCAAGUACCAGCUGAGACGGACUGGGGGCACCAAGUUUCUCAAGAACAUGGACUCAUGCCAGCCUGUGUUCCUCUGUGGUGACUGUGCUUCCCAGUUCAGGACUCCCUCCUCCUACAUCAACCACCUUGAGUCUCACCUGGGCUUUAGUUUGAAGGACCUGUCCAAACUGUCAACUGAGCACCUACGGGAGCAGCAGGCUGCCUCAAAGGUGAUCACGGACAAAAUGACAUUCGGCAGUCCUCUGUCAGCCUUGACCACGUCAGAGGACGACAUUGGCUCCGUGUACCAGUGCAGACUUUGCAAUCGGACAUUCGUCAGCAAACACGCAGUCAAGCUGCACCUCAGUAAGACCCACGGGAAGUCUCCCGAGGACCACCUGGUGUUUGUCACAGCUUUGGAGAAACUGGAGAAACUAGACAAAAUGGAAACUGUUUAAGGAGGGUCUCAGUGAUUGACAGCUAUGGAACUGACUAGAAUUUCAUUGCACUAAAACAACAUUGUUCACCGUUACUGCACUGGGCCGAACUGAGCCAACAGAAAAAAAAAAAAAAAAUGAAAUAAGUAAAAAGAAAUGUUCUGUUGUGAUUAAUGCCUGACUGGACCAUGUUGAUUUGUUGUUGUUUUUUGUUUGUUUGUUUUGCCAAACCUUUUUUACACUUAUUUUGUAAUAUAUUUAUAUGCUAUAUGUCCGAUCUGUGCAUGUAUUUUAGUGACGCAAGGUUGAAAUGAUUUUAAUAUUCUCAUCGCAAAAAUACGACUACUGUGUCAAUGGUAAAAGCGAAAAUGCAUUGGAAGUGUGGAAAUUUGUAAAAUACUUGAUAUGAAGAAGAGGAGAAUUAAAUGUAUACACCAAAAUAAUUAAAGAAUACCCCUGAAAGACUGAAGUAGCACCUUAGAUAUUUGAAUUUUUGCAUUUGUAAAAAGUACAUGUCUUGAAAACGUCCUGCAUUUGAGAUUGAUACCUUCCCCCGAUCACAUUGGGUUCCUUUUUGUUGAAAUGUUUUUGAAGAAGAAUGGCUUGCUCAUUAUGUAUAAAAAAAAAAAAAGAUUA